AUGCCAUUGCGUCCUUCAUCCCUUGCCAACUUCCAAAGGCCCCUUUACCUAUGGAACUUGAUGAUUCGAGACUCUACCAAUGAUAGAUUCUUCACAGAAACGUUAAAGAUAUACUCUUCCAUGGCACGCUCUGGUGUUCAUGGAAACAGCUUCACCUACCCUCUGCUCCUCAAGGCAUGUGCCAACCUCGCUUCCAUUCCACAUGGCACAUUGCUUCAUGGGCAUGUUCUGAGACUUGGGUUCCAAGGUGACACUUUUGUUCAAACUGGUCUAGUUGACAUGUACGCAAAAUGCUCCCAUGUUGCAUCUGCACGCCAGGUGUUUGAUGAAAUGCCGCAGAGAAGUGUCGUUUCGUGGAACGCCAUGGUUUCGGCUUACUCUCGUGGAUCUUGGAUGGAACAGGCAUUGAGCCUCUUGAAGGAAAUGCAGUUUCUUGGUUUUGAACCAAGUUCGUCCACAUAUGUUUCGAUUUUGUCAGGUUGUUCCAACUUGGAUUCUUUCAACUUUCUUUGGCUGGGGAGGUCAAUACACUGUUGCUUGAUCAAACUUGAGCUUGUGUAUUUUGAGGUUUCUUUGACCAACUCACUGAUGGGUAUGUAUGCCCAGUUUAGCCAAAUGGAUGAAGCAAGGAAAGUUUUUGACUUCAUGGAUGAGAAGUCAAUAAUUUCUUGGACAACUAUUAUUGGGGGUUAUGUGAAAGUUGGGCAUGCUGUGGAAACAUUUAAUUUAUUUAAUCAAAUGCAACAUCAAAGUAUUGGCAUAGACUUUGUUGUGUUUCUAAAUCUUAUUUCUGGUUGCAUACAAGAAGGAGAGCUUUUGCUAGCUUCAUCUGUUCACUCUCUUAUACUCAAAUGUGGGUGUGAUGGAGAGGAUUCCAUUGAAAACUCGCUGAUAACUAUGUAUGCAAAAUGUUGUGACCUUACAUCUGCUAGAAGGAUAUUUGAUCUGAUCAUUGAAAAGAACAUUUUAUCAUGGACAUCAGUGAUUGCAGGAUAUGCUCAUUCAGGUCAUCCUGUGGAAGCAUUGGAUCUGUUUAAAGGGAUGGUAAGCACAGAUAUUAGACCAAAUGGAGCAACCCUUGCAACUGUUUUAUCAGCUUGUGCUGAUUUGGGAUCACUCAGCAUGGGACAAGAGAUUGAAGAAUACGUUUCUCUAAAUGGAUUGGCAUCGGACCAACAAGUCCAAACGUCUCUCAUACACAUGUACUCUAAAUGUGGAAGCAUCAAGAAGGCAAUAGAAGUAUUUGAAAGGGUGACAGAUAAAGAUUUAACUGUUUGGACUUCCAUGAUAAAUAGUUAUGCCAUCCAUGGGAUGGGGAAUGAGGCUAUCAGCCUCUUUCACAAAAUGACAAUCGCAGAAGGGAUAAUUCCAGAUGCCAUUGUUUAUACUAGUAUUUUGAUGGCCUGUAGCCAUUCAGGGUUGGUAGAAGAUGGACUGAAGUACUUCAAAAGUAUGCAAAAGGAUUUUGGAAUAUCUCCUACAGUAGAACAUUAUACUUGUUUGGUGGACCUUCUCGGUCGAGUUGGCCAGCUUGACUCAGCUUUAGAUAUAAUUCAGGCGAUGCCACCAGAAGCACAAGCUCAAGCUUGGGCUCCAUUGCUUAGUGCUUGUAGGAUCCAUGGCAAUGUUGAGCUGGGAGAGCUUGCAGCUAUUAACUUAUUAGACCUUAAUCCAGGAAGUUCUGGAAGUUAUGUAUUAAUGGCUAAUUUGUAUACCUCUUUGGGCAAGUGGAAGGAGGCGCAUAUAAUGAGAAAUUUGAUUGAUGGUAAAGGAUUGGUUAAAGAAUGUGGCUGGAGCCAGGUUGAGGUAAGUGGUAGAUUUCAUACGUUUGCCACUGGAAAUCAGUCACACGUUGGGUUAGUCAAUAUCUAUAAGACACUAGAAAAUCUAAAUUUUACUCUUCAAGAAGGUAGCUAUACAACAGAAGCACUAACAGUGAAUAAUUAAUUGUAAAAUAAAACAGAUUAGGAAGCCUCUGAAAACCUCAGAUUAUCCAACAAAUAGUUGAAGCAGCUCAUGUCAGUAGAUUAUAAGAACAUGCAAAGUGA